AUGAGUCGUUAUCAAAGAUACUCUCAAUCAUCUUUCAAAUAUAAUCCUCAAUACAAUUCCCAAUACAAUUCCCAAAAUAAUUCCCAAUAUAAUUCCCAAUAUAAUUCUUCGUAUAAUUCUUCGUAUAAUUCUUCAUAUAAUUCUCCAUCGGAGGAUAUAAGAGCUGUUGUUGCGAUCGAUUUUGGGACAACAUUUAGCGGUUUCGCCUAUGCCCAUAAAAUUUCUCCCAAUGAAAUAGAAAUAAAUACUCGAUGGUCCGGAAGAGAAGGACUUCCAAAAACCAAUACCGUGUUACUAUAUGAUAGUAGUUGUAGAGAAGUAUUAAAAUGGGGUGAACCCGCAUUACUCCAUGAACAAAGAAGAAUCCGAAAUAGUUCUAGGGAAUUAUUAAGCUUAACACAUCCACCACAAAACCACAUGGUUGAAAAAUUUAAGUUGUAUCUAGAUGAUAGUAGCAGUGAAAAACCAUGGUUGCCUGAUGGUUUAAGUUUUAAAAAGGCUAUAGUUGAUUAUUUAAAAAAGAUGAGAGAAAUUAUAGAGGAUACACUAGAUAAAAGAUGGCCAGGUUUGAAUUUAAACCAAGUACUAUAUGUAUUAUGUGUUCCUGCGGAAUGGUCGAAAUUUUUAAUUAAUAAAUAUCUAACAUGCUGUCUUACAAUUAAUUACAGAUUAGAAGAGAGUCUAUACUCUCAUUUAGAAUUUACCACUGAACCCGAAGCUGCUGCCCUACAUUGUCUAUCAGCUAUCGAAGAACAUAGAUUAGCAGUAGGUGAUACGUUUCUUGUUGUUGAUUGCGGAGGAGGUACCGUCGAUCUCACAAUGAGGACACUCCAAAAGGGAAAUAAACUAAAAGAAGAGACCGAAAGAACAGGCGAUUUAUGCGGUAGCACCUUUGUGGAUCAAGCAUUCAUAAACUUCAUGGGCCGCACAGUAGGCUUUACCGCUUUAGACGAGCUAAGAAGAUACGCCCAUAGUGACUUACAAAAACUAGUUCAUAGAUUUUUUUGUCAGACGGUUAAGCUUCCAUUCUCUGGAGAUCCUUUUGAAUUUGAAACUAUAGACUUGGAUCUCGAAAAACAAUGUCCAUCAUUAAAAACAUAUAUCACUGGAGCGGAAAGAACUAAAUUAGAAGAUAGUGAAUGGGUUAUUGAAUUAGAUUUUGAUGAUGUAAAAGAAAUGUUUGAUCCGACGAUUGAAAAAAUCCUCAAAUUGAUUACUAAACAGUUGUUAGAUCUUCCUAACAGGCGUAAAUGUAAAGCUAUGUUUUUAGUUGGCGGAUUUAGUGAAUCACCAUAUUUGAUAAAAAGAGUAAGAGAGAAAUUUCAAGGGCGUGUACCUAUUAUUGCAUUCCCUCGAAAACCCAUUGCAGCGGUGCUUAAAGGGGCAGUUAAAUAUGGACUGGACAUGGGCCUUGUCGAAACUCGAGUCCUAAAAUGGAAUUAUGGAGUAGAAAUAAAGGCAAAAUUUGAGCGCAAUGAUCCACCUAGACUUCGAACAUAUGACAACAAAAUUUGGAAGUUUGAUAGUUUGGCGGCUCGUGGAACACGCGUUUCUGUCGAUAAAACUUUUUCUAAAGAGUACCUACCUUUAAGUGCUGAUCAGACAACAGCGGUAUUUCAAAUAUACAUAACUAAAGAACGAAACCCAAAAUACAUUAAAGAUGCUGGAAUGCGUAAGCUUGGGACCCUAAAAAUCAAUUUAUCAAAUAUUCCAUCACGAGGGCGAGACCGUCCAGUGGAAUUUGCAUUAACUUUUGGCACGAUGGAGAUCACAGCUACGGCUAGAAAUACGUUAACGAACGAAAUAUAUGAUACUAAAUUCGAAUGGGAUUUAGGGAUUGAAGGAAAGUUUGUUGAGCGCUGUGUAUUUUUAUUUAGCGCGAGAUGUUGUUUUAGUAAACCAGAAUUUUUAUAA